AAAAUUAUCAAUUAAAUAAAAAAAAAGACGACGACGACGACGAUCUCUCUCUCUCUCUCUCUCUCUCUCUCUCUCUCUCUCUCUCUUCCUUUUCUUUGAAUUCCCUUCCACUUCUCUCCGAUCCGACGCCGCCACCGCCGCCCUACGGGAUCUCUCGUUCCCAAAGAGAGCCUAGGGUUUCCAAUUUCAAAUUUCGAGCAAUCCUUGUGGGGUUUGGAAAUUGGAUUUUUCCAAAGUUUCUAGGGUUUCCUUUCUGAAUUUGGGGUGGAUUUUGGGAUUGCUGGAUCUGUGGAAAUUGGGAAAUUGAGGGGAGGGUGUGGAUUUGGAUAAGAGAGGAGGUUGGUGGUGUAUGCGUUUGUGCUAGAACGGACUCUGGACUCGUCGUUCGGACUGGGGCAAAUGUGGAUAGUUUAAUUUUCUUCUUCUUGUUCUUCCUGGUGCAAAGAUUUUGUAUUUAUAGCUUUAUCAGUCGUCGUUUCCUUUUGGAGUUCGAAUUUUGUUCGAUUACUAAAAGAGCAAGAAGAAGAUGAUGCGUCCUGAUCACCAAAAAAAGGAGCUGAAAGAGAUGGACUUUUUCACGGAAUAUGGUGAAGCUAAUAGAUAUAAGAUUCUUGAAGUCAUAGGGAAAGGAAGUUAUGGGGUUGUUUGUGCAGCUAUUGACACACAUACUGGGGAGAAAGUUGCGAUAAAGAAAAUACAUGGUAUCUUUGAGCACAUCUCCGAUGCUAUUAGGAUCUUGCGUGAAGUUAAGUUGCUUAGACUUUUAAGACAUCCUGAUAUUGUCGAAAUUAAGCGCAUCAUGUUGCCACCUUCAAAGAGGGAGUUCAAAGAUAUUUAUGUUGUUUUCGAGCUCAUGGAGUCUGAUCUUCACCAAGUUAUCAAGGCUAAUGAUGACUUGACCUGCGAACACCAUCAAUUCUUUCUUUACCAGAUGCUACGUGCAUUGAAAUAUAUGCAUACAGCCAAUGUGUAUCAUAGAGAUCUUAAGCCAAAAAAUAUACUGGCAAAUGCAAAUUGCAAGCUUAAAGUUUGUGAUUUCGGACUAGCAAGAGUUGCUUUUAAUGAUACUCCAACAACAAUAUUUUGGACAGACUAUGUGGCAACACGGUGGUAUAGAGCUCCAGAACUAUGUGGGUCAUUCUUUUCCAAGUACACACCUGCAAUUGAUAUAUGGAGUAUUGGCUGCAUCUUUGCCGAGGUAUUGACAGGGAAGCCAUUGUUUCCUGGUAAAAGUGUCAUUCAUCAAUUAGAUUUGAUCACUGAUCUCCUUGGAACACCUCCGCUAGAGACCAUCUCUGGAGUUAGAAAUGAGAAGGCAAGGAAAUACUUGAUGGAAAUGCGGAGAAAACCUCCUGUGCCAUUUACACAAAAAUUUCCCAAGGCAGAUCCUCUAGCACUCUGCCUAUUACAAAGGCUAUUGGCUUUUGACCCAAAGGACAGACCAACUGCCGAGCAGGCACUAGCUGAUCCUUACUUUAAGGGCCUAGCCAAAGUUGAGAGAGAACACUCUUGUCAGCCUAUUUCGAAGAUGGAAUUUGAAUUUGAAAGGCGAAGGGUCAUAAAAGAGGACAUAAGAGAACUAAUUUACCGGGAAAUACUAGAAUACCAUCCUCAGCUACUUAAGGACUACAUGAAUGGAACUGAAGGCACAAGUUUUAUGUAUCCAAGUGCUAUAGGCCAAUUCAGAAAGCAGUUUGCUUAUCUUGAGGAAAAUGGUGGGAAAACUGGAUCGGUUGUUCCUCCAGAGAGGAAGCACGUCUCCCUUCCACGGUCCACUGUUCACUCGAGUACAAUCCCCCCUAAUGCACAGCCAAAUUUGCUAUCAUAUGAAAACUGGCAGACACAGGAGGCUUCCAGCAGUUUUAGAGUAACAGACGCUUCUGGAAAUGCACCAAAGGUUUCACGGCCGCCGCCGAGGGUGCCAACAGCAAAACCUGGGCGAGUUGUUGGACCAGUUCUUCCAUAUGAGAAUGGCAGAAAUGUGAGGGAAACCUAUGAUCCAAGGACAUUCUCUAGAAACGCAGUUCCUCCUCAGUCUGUCACUCCACACUGCUUCUUCAGAACUCAUACUGCCAAUCAAGACAAGGCUGGAGCGGAGAUACGGAGGGAUGAAUCACAUGCUAAACUGCAACCCCAGCCCGAACAGCGCAGCUUAGCAGCAAAACCUUUGCCGGGCAUGGCCAUUGAAGUCAACACGAACCCAUACUACCCACCACCCACCAAAGUAGAUCAAUUAAACUCGAUAGAUUCAAAAUUACUGCAGGCGCAAUCUCAGUUUGGUCCUGUAGGUGCUGCAGCCGUAGCUGUAGCUGCUCACCGGAACACUGGAGCUGUUCAGUAUGGAUUGUCUUAAGUGGGUUUAAUGGGGGUAUUCAAGAGGAGUGAGAGUCUUUAGAUUUGAGGAGGGUGGAGUGGUAGUGUAAUCCCAAUUUUUUCCUUUCCAAUUGUGCCUUCUGUAAUUAUGUGUAUGCACUGUUGGAUAAUAGUAAUUAAUAGUAAAGCUUUGUUUUCUAA